CAAGCUGCAGUAUAAGGAGUAGUGGCAGGGAGGAGGCCUCUGGGAAGGCAGGGGAGUCUGGGAAAGGAGAGAGGAGGCUGCAGACCUAGAAGGAGUGAGAACAAGAAGUCAGAAGGAAAAAGAGAACAGAGGAGGGCACACGGACACAGAGAAGAGAAAGGGCCAACAGAAGGAAACUUGGGUGGGAAAAAGACACUUAGGAGGGAGAAGGAGUGAGGCAGAGAUGAAGUUACAGGGGUCCCUGGCCUGCCUCCUGCUGGCCCUGUACCUGGGCAGUGGGGAGGCUGGCCCAUUGUUAAGUGGAGGGGCAAGCGCUGAAGCAGGUUUUGGGGAAGCCGUUGGACAUGCGGCAGGAGAUGCCAUUAGUCAUGGAAUCAGGGAGGCCAUUGGCCAAGGGGCCGGAGAGGCAGCCCAUGCUCUCGGAAACACUGGGAGUGAGGCUGGCAGACAGGCUGAGAACAUUAUUCGACAUGGAAUAGAUGCUGCUCACAGCUCCUGGCAGGGGAUGCCUGGCAGCAACGGUGCUUGGGGAACCAAUGGCCAGCCUCCAUCUGGAGGCCAGGGCACCUUUGGUUCUCAGGGUGGCCUUGGAGCCCACAGCCAGGGCAAUCCCGAAGGCCCAGGCAAUCCCUGGAUCCGUGGACAUGCUGGAGGCUCAGGUGGCAGCUUCGGAACCAACUCUCAGGGAAGCUCCUGGGGCCAAGGAGGCAAUGGAGGGCCAUACAACUUGGGACCCAACACUCAGGGAGCUGUGGCCCAACCUGGUUAUGGCUCAGCGAGGGGCAACAGCAACCCAAAUACGGAGUGCACCAACCCUCCGCCCUCUGGCUCAAGUGGAAGCUCUAGCAACUCUUGGGGAAGCAGUGGCGGCAGCAGCGGUGGUGGCAGCAACAGCGGUGGCAGCAGUGGCAGUAGCGGCGGCAGUGGCGGCAGUGGCAGCAGUGGCAGCAGUGGCAGCAGUGGCGGCAGUGGCAGCAGCGGCGGCAGCAACGGUGGCAGCAGCGGCGGUGGCAGCUACGGCAACAGCGGCGGUGGCAGCAGUGGUGGUGGCAGCAGCGGCAAUGGUGGCAGCAGCGGCAGCAGUUCUGGGGGCAACUGGGAACACAGUAGCAGCUCUUCCUCAGGAAGCAGCGGAGGAAGUGGUGGUGGAAAUAAACCCGAGUGUGACAACCCAGGAAAUGGAGUCCGAGUGUCCGGAGGAUCUGGGGGUCAGGGAAUAAGCAGGGAAGGUAGUCGCCUCCUUGGGAACUCCCAAGGCAAUUAUCAGGGGCAAGGGUCCAGUGGGGGAGGUGAAGCUGUCGGUGGAAUCGAUAACUUGAACUCUCAGACUUCUGGGCCCUUCAACUUCGACACUUUCUGGAAGAACUUUAAAGCCAAGCUGGGUUUCAUUAACUGGGAUGCCAUAAACAAGGGCCAAGUCCCAUCCCCCAGCACUCGAGCCCUCCUCUACUUCAGUCGACUCUGGGAGGAUUUCAAACACAAUACUCCUUUUUUGAACUGGAAAGAAAUUAUUGAGGGUAACUAUUCAUCAUCAUCACUUCAGAAGAGGGCAGGCAGUGCUGGUCAGCCUGGUGCAGGAUGGCCAGAGGUAGCAGCUGUAACUUCUAAGAACUACAAUUAUAACCAGCAGGCAUAUCCUACUGCGUCUGGUGGGCAGUACUCCGCCAAGGCCCCCGCUAAGGGGGGAGUCACGCUUUCUUCUUCGGCUUCCCGGGCGCGACCUGGCCUGCUGCAGUGGGUGAAGUUCUGGUAGAAAAUUACUCCCAAUUAUGCCUGAGACCCUGAGAAACAUCAGUCAUCCAGGAACCCAACCACGCCCCUCCCCCAGCUCUCCCUCCGGGCCAGCCCUGGUCCGGGUGUUGACACCUGCUCUUUCUAGGUUGGGGACCUGUCCUUUGUUUCUUCCCACACAUGUGGUGUCUCCUUGACCACCAGCGUCAUCAAAUAAACCAGCCACUUUUUCUAUCUACUCCAUGUGUGACCUGAAGUCACUGACCAUCUUUCAGGAGGAGUGUCCCACUUUUGAGUUUCUCUGUGGAAAUAAAACAUGAAUCUUUUUUUCUCUAA